AUGGCUAAAGUUGACACCCAUCACUCCUAUUCUGCUCGGCACAGGCUGUCCAUGAAGGUUGCGGAAGAUGAGACAGAUACAUUAGACAAUGGAGUCAGCAGGACCCACUCACCGUGUGAGGACACGUCUUCCGAAUUGCAGGGAGUCAUUUCCAUGGAGACAGGCGGCCUGUCUGAAUCCCGAAGGAGCUCAUUCACAGGCAGUGGAGCAAUAGCCAGAUUAUCACAUUUCAUCUUAUCACUGACCUCCUGGGCAAGAAGACAUUUGCAUCAUGAAGACGAAAGGCCCGAUUCUUUCCUCGAGCGCAUCCGAGGGCCAGAGCUCAAAGAUGUUCACAGCAAUACCAACUCUGAAGAGCCAGGCCAGCUGAAAAAUCAUUGGGCUCUGGCCAGAUUUAAUGUCAACUACUCCAAUAACACCAAUGAAGAAAAGAAGGAGGAAAAGAAAGAGGUUAAAGAGGAGAAAAAGGAGGAAGAAAAGAAAGAGGAGAAAAAAGAGGAAAAGAAGGAGGAGAAAAAAGAUGAUAAGAAAAAGGAACCAGAGACGAAGAAAGAGAUCUUUGUGAUGGAUCCAUCCAGCAACCUGUAUUACAGGUGGUUGUCCAUCAUUGCAGUACCAGUAUUCUAUAAUUGGUGUAUGUUAAUAUGUAGAGCCUGUUUUGAUGAGCUCCAAAUGGACCACAUGUUGCUUUGGUUCAUCUUGGACUAUUCCUCUGAUGCUGUCUACAUCUUGGACACUUUUGUGAGGAUUAGAACAGGUUUCCUUGAACAAGGACUACUAGUUCGAGAUGAACAGAAGUUAAGACAAAAUUAUCAAGAAACGAGACAAUUCAAAUUGGACCUGCUGUCACUUUUCCCAACAGACAUACUUUAUCUAAAAUUUGGAUUGAACUAUCCUGAAUUGCGGUUUAACCGCCUUCUGAGGAUUUCCAGGCUAUUUGAGUUUUUUGACCGUACAGAAACGAGAACAAACUAUCCAAAUAUAUUUCGAAUUGGGAACCUUGUCUUGUAUAUUCUAAUCAUUAUCCACUGGAAUGCAUGUAUAUACUAUGCCAUUUCAAAGCAAAUUGGAUUUGGAACAGACAGCUGGGUCUAUCCCAAUGUGUCCAUUCCAGAACAUGGACGUCUGUCUAGAAAGUACAUUUAUAGCUUGUAUUGGUCAACAUUGACACUGACAACCAUUGGAGAAACUCCCCCUCCAGUGAAAGAUGAAGAGUUUCUGUUCGUGGUCAUUGACUUUCUAGUGGGUGUGCUCAUCUUUGCCACCAUUGUCGGUAAUGUAGGUUCUAUGAUUUCUAACAUGAAUGCCUCAAGGGCAGACUUCCAGUCCAAGGUUGAUGCUAUCAAACAGUACAUGCAUUUCCGGAAGGUCACUAAAGACUUGGAAGCCAGGGUUAUUAAAUGGUUUGAUUAUCUGUGGACCAACAAGAAAACAGUGGAAGAGAGGGAAGUUCUUAAGUACCUUCCUGACAAACUGAGAGCUGAAAUUGCUAUAAAUGUCCACUUGGAUACACUAAGAAAAGUGCGUAUCUUCCAGGAUUGUGAAGCAGGCCUCCUGGUUGAACUGGUGUUGAAGCUAAGACCUACAGUCUUCAGUCCUGGAGAUUACAUCUGUAAGAAAGGUGAUAUUGGGAGAGAAAUGUAUAUCAUCAAAGAAGGGAAAUUAGCUGUUGUGGCUGAUGAUGGGGUGACACAAUUUGUGGUCCUAAGUGAUGGCAGCUACUUCGGGGAAAUCAGCAUCUUAAACAUCAAAGGCAGCAAAUCUGGUAACAGGAGAACAGCCAACAUCAGGAGCAUAGGCUAUUCUGAUCUGUUUUGCUUGUCUAAAGAUGACCUGAUGGAAGCACUCACAGAGUACCCUGAUGCUAAACAGGCACUGGAAGAAAAAGGACGGCAAAUUUUGAUGAAAGACAACUUAAUUGAUGAAGAAGCAGCCAAAGCAGGAGCCGACCCCAAAGACUUGGAAGAGAAAAUAGACAGACUUGAAGUGUCUCUCGACAGUCUCCAGACCAGGUUUGCUAGACUCCUAGCAGAGUUCACUGCUAGUCAAUCCAAAGUCAAGCAGAGACUUAUAAAAGUGGAGAACAAAGUAAAGAAGUAUGGAAGUGGUACCGUGUCAGAGGAUGAGGGUGAAAAGCCUUAG